AUGCCUUGUAUUAUUAAAGUACGAAUUUCGGGUAUUAGAAAUAUCAAUGCCUUUGAAAAAUAUGAAAUAGAUUCUUUUAAAUACCUUGAGGUAACAUUAGGGGAAACAAAACAAAGGACUAAAUUUAAUAUUAGUAAAACAUCGAAUGAUUUGAACUUGUCGUUCAGACUCGAAAUAUCUGAUGAUUCAGAAUUACAAACUUGUCCACUUAAGAUAGCGAUAGAUGAUGCUGAAGAUAUAAACAGUGGAUACAUCCAAAUAGAUUUCAGUUUUUUUUAUUUCCAUGAUAAUCUAAAGUUGGAAGGAUGGUUUCCCCUAUAUGAUUCAUUGGAAGGAAUUAAAGGUGAAUUAUACUGUACUAUAAAAUGGGAAUUCUUUGAAGAAAAAAAUCCAUAUAAUGAUAAUAGUGCAGUUCUUCUUCUUGGUACAACUUCCUUUCCAAAAGGGUCCCCCUAUUACAUCGAGGAAAUAAUAGGCUUUGCACAUGAACUUAAAAUAGUUAAUGAUCCUGAAUAUGAUUGGAAGGAUUUUAUUAGAUCAAGCAGAAAUUCCAAUGAAGCCCGAUGUGACGUUAUACAAAAUUCAUUCAUGGAAGUUAGAAAAUAUGUUGGAAAAAAGGCUAAAAUAUUAGGGGGAAAUGCAAUUUUAGGCUAUCGUGAGCAUUUAAAUUUGGAAGGAAGUACAACAAACAAAAUUUGUAUCCGUAUUAUAGGGACAGUUGUAAAACUGGGAGUGAAAGGAUUUAAUAACCUUAAUUAUAUUAACAUUUCAGAAAAUAAUAACAUAAAAAACAUUUUGAGAAAUAACGAAAUAUUUUUGAAAAAUAUUCCUGAAAAAUAUAAAGAAAUUAAAUUUAAUAGAAGAAAUACAAUCCAUCCUAAUUCAACAUCCUAUAAUUUUGUGGAUGUCAUUCUGCUUACUGUUGAUUCACUUCCGAAAAAUAUAAAAUACCAAUAUGGAGGUUUAGUGGCAUCAAAAUCAGUUAAGGUUUUGCACCCAAGGCUUACAGAGCAGCAUAGAGAUGAAUGGCUUCUCGAAAUUAGAGAUGAGCUCAAAUCAAAUGCGACAUUUCUUUCGUGCAAUGUCAUUUUGGGUUAUAAAGAAGAUGCUUAUAUUUUCAAUGAUGUCAUUGUCCUUUUUUGUUAUGGUACUGCCAUAAAUGUAUUACCUUCGUUUUUUUACGAUGACAAAAUUAUCGCAUUCUCGCAUAACGAACAAAAUAAGCAUUCACAAAAAGAUGAAUCAGAAAACUCAAGAAAAAAUAGUAGUUGCAUAUAUUUGCAUUAUGCUUCGAAGGAAAUAGAAAAUAGCAAUAUAUUUUGCAGAAUAUGCAAUGAUGCAUCUGUACCUAAAAUUCUUAUUUCUUCAUCCAAUGCCCCCAAAAAUUUAGCCGUCAUAGGGAACGGGUUCUUAAUUUCGGCUUUUGUCGUUUAUCCAUUGAAAAAGAAUCAUGGGGAAAAUCUCGCAUCAGAGAUCAGCGAAAUUCUUCCCUUCCUGGAACUGAAUCUGCACAAACAGAUCAUAUGCAAAUUACUCGUUAACGGGUUUAAUAGUAUUUUUGAUUACAACCUAAAAUUGUGUUUUAAUAAUAAUUAUUUAUUUGGAUAUUGUUAUGGAACUGGGAUGUGUACAUAUGGAAUAUAUUAUGAAAAUAAAUUUUUAAUAAAAUCAAAUUAUAAGGACAAUUUUUAUAUACGUAAUAAAUGUGUAAAUGCUGAUGAAUUAAAAAUUAUAUAUGACAACAUAAAUUAUAGAUCUUUUUUUAGUAAAAAUAAAAGUUUGGUUUCGCCUGUUUUUAUUAAUGGAGAUAUUAUAUAUAACAUUGAAAAUGACUACAAAAAGGAUGAAAACAAUUACAAAAAUUAUGAAAAUAAUUACAAAAAGGACGAAAAUAAUAGUAAAGGAGAAAUCGACAAACCAUUUAAACAAAACUUUAUGAAUGUACUUAAUUCUGAUAUUAUAAAUGUUGAUAAUAAAAAAAUUUCAUAUAAAUAUUCAAAGACUGAUUUUAACGAAAAUGCAUUACGAAUUAAAGAACCCCAUUUUUACUGUCAAGAUGUAAAUAAGACAAUUAAGAAUGAUAAUUAUUUUAGAUUGAAAGAAAUAUAUUUAAAAGAAGAAAAAGAACUGCUAAAUGAGGAUAACUAUAGUGAUAACAUAAAUGGAGGUGAUCAAUUUUAUAGAAAAAAAAAUAUUAAUCAUAUUGAUAAUUAUACAAAAUUAGGUAUUAAAGAAAGAAAAAGAAUUAAAAAAAAAAAAGAAAAAAAAAAAGCAAGAAGAAUACAAAAUAAAGGUUAUAUAUACGAAGUAGAGGAUCAUCUAGAUAAUAUAACAUUAUUAAAUAUAUAUGAAGAUAGUAUUGCAUUAUAUAAUUAUGUUUUUAAUUUAGAUAUUAAAAGUUACCUUCUUAAUAAGCGAUAUGAUAUAGCUACCCCUGCAAAAAAAAAUGAAGUACCUAUAAAAAAUAUGUUAGAAAAUAUAAAGGACAAAAAAGAGACAGAAAAAACGAACUAUACAGAAAAGAAACAAAAUUGUGUAAAAAAAGAAAGUAUGAAAGAAAAACACAAAUAUGAUAAAACAUUUUUCGAUGAACAAAUAAAAAUAAAAAUACCUAUUUCUAUAGACAUAGAUAAUAAUACAACAAAAUGUGAAAAUAAUAAAAAAAAUAGCAAUAACAACGAACUAGAUAAAAUGAAUAAAUAUGAAAUAGUAGAAGAAAAUAAAAAUAAAAUAUUAGAUGAUGAAAAAUAUCCAAAUGAUAUAUUAUUAAAAAAAAAUACAAUUUUAUCACUUCCUGAAAAUAGUGAAAAUAAUAUUGCCUUAUAUGAUGAAUAUAAAAAAGAAAUAAUGACAAAUUAUUCAAAGUACUUUUUUUAUAUUUGUACUUUGGAUUUUUUGCCAAGUAUAAAAUUUGAAACAUUCUAUGAACAAAUAAAUUGGCGAAAUGAAAAUGAACAAUACAACAAUGCUAUAUCGAAUAGUGAAUAUUUAUCUGAUUCAAAAUUAUUGAAAUCUCCAAAAAAGACAAACAAAAAUAUUCAAAACACACAAAUGGAAUACAUACAAAAUUAUGAAUAUUAUAAUAAAUUAUUGAAAAAUGAACAUGUAGAUGAUGGUGAAGAUAGUAUUGGAGAAUGUCAUCUUAUAUUGCCUAAUCCAAAAAUGGAGAAUGAACAAAAAAAUGAUUUGGUAAAAAAUAAAAUAAAUUAUAUAGAUGAAGAAAACCGGAAUUGCUCACUAUUUUAUCAAGACGGUAAACAAUUAUUAUCGUAUACGACAGAUAAAGAAAAUUAUUAUAAUAUAAUAUAUGAUCAUAAUUCUAUAAUUAAAAAAACUAUAUAUAGGGAACAAAAAAGAGAAAAAAAAAAAGAAAAAAAGAGAAAAAAUAGAAGUAAAAAUACAUAUUUAAAUAAUUUAUCAAAAAGUUAUAUUUAUUUAAUUAAAAGAAUUAAUUUAUUUGGAGAAAAUAAUGAUGAAGUGGAUGUAAUAUAUGAAAAAAUAAAUAAAGCUUUUAACGAUUUGUACAACAUAUUUAUAUUCUAUACAUUUGUUCAUAACUUAUAUCCUUGUUGUAUUUGCAGUAUUCGAUUACACUUUUCUUUCAUAGCAUGUGAUGUAUUAGAAAUAAUGCUAACUGGGCAUUUAAUAAAAGUUAAAAAUAAUAAGGCAAUACAUUUUGAAUUAAAAAAUUUGGAUCAAUCAAUGCAAGAAAAUUUAUUAAAACAUUUUUUCAACCAUUUGGAAAAUUAUUAUAUGGAACGAUCAGAGUUUUUUUUUAAUUUUGAUAAUUUUUUUUCUUCAGAAAGAGAUGAUAAAGCUAGUUAUAUAAGAAAUGAAUUAACAAAAAAGGAGUUACCACAUCGUGGUCUUAUUUUAGCUAGUUACAAAAAAAAAAAAAAAAAUAAUAAUUCUAAUUUAUUAACACAUAUUAUUCCAAAUAUUGUGAAAUACCCAUUUUGUGUUAUAGUUGAUAUGAUUAGAAAUAUGUUUAAAAGUAAUGAAACAAAAAAGAAGAAUGAAAAAGAUAAGGAAAAAAAAAAAAUGAAAAAAAAUGAAAUUUUCCACUUAAAAGAUGGGGUGCAAAAAGAAAAAGACACCAAAAAAAAUAAGAUAAAUAAAUUUAAUGCCUUUUUAAAAAAAGGAGAUAAAAAAAUUAAUCAAUCUUAUGAUAUGGGAAAUAUAUAUGAUAAUCUAUUUAUGUUUAGUGAAUUAAAAAAUUAUAUUAUGUUAGAAAAUAAUAAGCAUUUAUUUGAUACCUUCAUUGAGCAUAAAUUUUCAUCUAUUAUUAUAACCCCUUUAAAUAUUUUACCAAAUGUUAUAAUUAAAAAAUAUUUCGGAGUCAUAUCUUUACAUAUAGUUAAGGAAAAUAUUAAUUUAAAGAAAUUUGAUUUUUUUUAUCAGAGCUUAAUAUCCGAUAUAUUGUAUAUAGCCAAAUCUCAUAUUAAAGCUAUUGGUGCAAAUCUAAUUUCAUCUUUUAAAAUUACAAAUAUAUUUUUAAGAGAGGAAAAGUCGCAUGGAUAUGCUUUGAUAAGCAUUUGUGGCGACGUCGCCAAAAUAUGA